GAAAUGCAGAAGCUGACUGGAGACACGAUACAGCUCAUCUCCAGCUCUCAAGUCAUCACAUCAGUUCAUUCUGUUGUCAAGGAGCUAGUGGAAAAUGCACUCGAUGCAAAGACCUCCAAUGUAGAUGUCAGACUGGAAAAUUAUGGUCUUGAUCUGAUCCAAGUUCGGGACAAUGGUACUGGAAUAAAGAGGAGUGAUGUUCCACUCAUGGCUGCUCCCCAUUACACCUCCAAGCUCAGAUCUUUCCAAGAUCUCUCCUCUCUUACCAGUUAUGGCUUCAGAGGAGAGGCAUUGUCCUCCAUUGCCAAUACUGCACAGCUGUGUAUUACCACGGCUACCAAAGAGGACGAAAUUGCAACCACUUAUACAAUAGGCCACAAUGGACAAGUUAUCGACAAGAAACCGAGCUCACUGGGUGUUGGAACAACUAUUGCCGUUAGCGAUCUUUUCAAGAACUUUCCUGUGAGAAAGAAGUCAUAUAAAAACACUAAGCACUGCAGCGAAGAAUUGAGAAAAAUUGAGCAACUCUUACUCGCAUUUGGACUUGCGUUUCCUGGAGUUAGGUUCUCCCUGAAGCAUAACAAAAUUAAAAUAUGGGAUAAAGAGCAAGCCUCGGAUCACAAGUCGAACGUGUCUCUCAUCUUUGGUCCGGUUCUGAGUCACAACCUUAUGCCUGUUAAUUACCAGUGCUUUAGUCCAAUGGUGAAGCUACAGCUGUACGUGCCCAAACCCUCCGCUGAUUUAUCACUGGUCACAAGAUCAAGACCAGACCGAAUGAUUAUCCUGGUGAAUGGCCGGCCUGUCGACAUCAAAGCUAUCUCAAAGGUUGUACGUGUAGCAUUUUUAGAAGCGUUUCCAAGCCAAACCAGUCACCAUCCUGUUGCUGUGGUGAUGAUAAGCGUGUUGCCUGAGGACGUAGAUGUUAACUUGGAGCCCAACAAAACAAAAGUUCUUCUUCACAACAUUGAUUUUAUAAUUAGCACCCUGUCGUCCUUGCUCACUCAAGCAUACGGCCCGUGUAGGGUACCUGUACCAGAGAGGGACUCUCCCAAAAAAUCAACGAAGCAACAACAAUCUGGCCGCAAAGUUGAUGGUCGACCUUUUGAAAAGAUCAAUAAUAAAGACUCCUCGAUACAAGAUGGUGGAAUAGAUGUCCCUCAACAACAUAGAGACACUUCACCUGUUGCUAAUACUAUAGCAGACCAGUUGCUAGGGAAUCCCGUUAAUGCAACAGCGACUGUGAACGAGAAUGACAAAGCUAUCUCUAAACCCACACUCUCUAUUACCCUCUCCCAAGAGGACCACACCCCCAUACCCCCCACUGAGCCAGACGUACAUCUCGGGCCUGACUACCGUUAUAGUCUGUUGGAUAUUUCCGAAUUGGAGAGAGAUUUCAGCAGUAGCAGCGAGGAUGAGGGGGCAGUGGUGGAGCGAGACAACACUGAGUCGUGUGACGGAGCAACAGGGUCCGCAGGCGAUCGUGUGAUAAAAAACAAGCAAACUUCUCUUCUGUCUUGGAGUAGAGGGAGUGCAAUCACAGACAGUAACAACACUCCAAUCGAGCCAGUAAAGAUUGUCAAUACUUCUACUUCAAAAGAGGGUGAUCCAACUACUUCAUUUAAAUUCUACUCUUGGAAGGACAACCCAGUGCUGUUGCAUUCUCGUCCUGUCAAGAGGGCAGCUGGUUCAAUCUCUGAGGGAGAGAGACCUGCCAAAAAACCUAAAGAUCAUUCCACUUCCUCGCUAGACAGAUUUCUCACUCGUCAAGAACAUCCGGUGGUUACUAGGAGCAGUCAAAAUAUCCCCUCCCUAGACGCAAGAUUUGAGGUGGAGAAAAUUACCAGACGAAACGAGCUACUAUGGAAACGAGAGUUGCCAGUGAGUUCUGAGAAUCGCGUGGUUGGCAGCUGUCACUGUCGGCAAGGAGACGAUGUAUGGCUGGUGUUAUUGAAGAGAAAUACUUUAGCAGCUUUUAACAUUCACAACACUUUGUCCGAAACGUCGGAAGUAACAAGAGCUCAAGUUGAACAGUGUCUCAAUAAAACAUUAUUAAAAGACACUAGCUCUGUGGACUCUCAAGAUUGUUUUCAGGUUAUUUGCAAUAUUGAUGAAUGAGCUUUUGUGUUAAUUUGUACAUUGAGCAGCUUAGAGUGGGAUCGAAGACAUCAAGUAUAACUUACAUGUAAUUGUAUACAUGCGUGUACAUGUAUGUAUACAAUUACAUGUAAGUACAUGUACAUGCAUGUAGUUAUACGAGCCCAUGCCAUAUUUGCUAAUGAGAUUGGUAUGUUAAUUCUCUAGAGCAUAGCUGACAAUAAGUAAAUAGUAUGUGGUAAGUAAUGAGACCACUUCCUGGUACACACCUAAAUAUCAUGGCACAACAGCUGUAAAGAAGCUACUAGUCUAUCAUCUGGUGAGGCUGCUAUGUGAUGGGGGGACUCAUCACCUGUAUCAAACGACAUAAACAGAAAGAGGUACACAGUAACAGUGUGGAUGAAUACAAUCAUGGGUUCACAGAAAGAGAAUUAGACAAUCCAGCCUACGAAAACUUUCACGAUGAACUAUCAAAUUCUGUUACCUAGCAGCUACGAAACUUUAUAUUUUUCAACCCAUGCAUACAUUGUGCAAAAAUUUGUGUGGAAUCUAGUUCAA